UACAAAUCCAGCUCUGACUCAGAGAGGGGAUCAUAUCAACAUCAGUGUGUCUACAGAAAACUCCAGAGUGAGGGUAGAAGUCUUUUCUUUCUCUUAUUAGAGGACACAUUUGUGCAAAGAGUCUAAAGUAAAGAUGCUGUGGAGUCUGUUGUUCAUCACUUUGAUUGGAAGAUCAACUCAACAGGAUCCAGUUACAUCAUCAGGAUGUAGUCCAGGAUGGGAAACUAUCAAACUGGAUGACAAAGUGGCAUUUCAGUCUUCAGUCUACACACACAAUGGUGUCAACUACACUGCUGACAGAGCUUUGGAUGGAAAUUAUUUGACAUUUUCUGCCACUGAAUAUGAAACCAUCAGCUGGUGGACAGUUGACUUAUUUGGUCUAUAUGAAAUUUCCUGCAUCAGCAUUAACAAAAUGGAUCCUUUCAAAGUUGAUCUAAGUAGCGCUCACAUCCUCAUCGGGAACUCAUCUGAGAGAAAUGCUGCUGACACCACUGAGUGUGCAACAAUCAACACAACUAGUGGAGAAAAUAAAACAUUUAACUGUGAAAAUGGACCAAAGUGGGGGCGUUAUGUAACUGUGUACCAAAACACAUCGGGAGGAAUUUUAAUUCUGUGUGAGGUGACGAUGAAAGGCAGAAAAAAAGAGCCCUUUAAACUGAUUAAAGAGAACAAGACAUGGGCAGACGCCCGGUACCACUGCAGACAGGAACACAUGGAUCUGGUUUCCAUCCUUGAUAACGAGACCCAGGUCUGGGUUGGGUUGGAGGCUCAGAAGGCUGACACUCCCUUUGUCUGGCUGGGUCUUCAAUACAUCUGUGGCUUCGACUUCUGGAUCUGGGUCAACGAUCAGUGUGUAUUUUUUGAUCAGUGGGCUCCAGAUGACACAAGAACAGCAGUCUGUGGCAUGAACACUGCCAUGAAUACAAGUGGGAACCAUUUGUGGUACAAGAAGUCUGUUUAUGAUAAAUAUAAUUUCAUCUGUGCAGUGUAAGAAGAUCCAUGGGUUGGUUUUGUUUAUUCAGUUAGACAGGUGUCAGUAGUGGC